AUGGCAGCCCUAAAGUUGAGGAUCGAAGGAAGCACUUUUCGGGACCUGCAGAAUAGAGAGGUCACACUGAGAGGAAUCAACGUUGACGCUGGCUCUAAAUACCCGAAAAAGCCCGACAUACCCUCGUAUGUGCAGGAAAAUUUUUACGAUGGGGAUAAUGUUUCCUUCGUUGGCCGUCCUUUCGAGCUGAAAGAUGCACACAUUCACUUUACGAGAUUAAAGAGAUGGGGCUACAAUAGCAUCAGAUAUAUCUUUACCUGGGAGGCACUUGAACAUAGCAGACCGGGCAAAUAUGAUGAGGAUUUCAUCAAGUUCACAAUUGAAAUAUUACGUAUUGCAAAGAAAUAUGGGUUUUAUGUCUAUAUGGACCCUCAUCAGGAUGUGUGGUCCCGAUUUUCUGGCGGCUCAGGUGCGCCCAUGUGGACAAUAUAUGCGGCGGGCUUUAAUCCUCGAAAUUUCAAUGUUACCCAGGCUGCUCUUGUGCAAAACACAUACCUCCCAGACCCUGCUUCCUUCCCGAAAAUGGUCUGGAGUACGAAUUAUACUCGUCUGGUCUGUCAAACAAUAUUCACCCUUUUCUGGGCUGGAAAGGACUUUGCACCAAAGGCGAUUAUCAACGGCCAAAAUAUUCAAGAUUUCCUUCAGAGUCAUUACAUCAAUGCCUGCAAACAUUUGGCAACUCGAAUCCAUGAGGCUGGUGAUCUCGAAGAUGAAGUUGUCAUUGGUUGGGAAAAUAUGAAUGAAGUAAAUAGAGGGCUAAUAGGAGUUCAGGACAUCUCCGUUAUCCCUCCAGAACAACAACUCCAACUUGGCACUUCCCCAACUGCAUUUCAAGGGAUGCUGACUGGUUCGGGACGUGCAUGCGAAGUGAGCACUUGGGGCUUUGGUAGCUUUGGGCCUUAUCAGAUUGGAAGGGAACUUGUCGAUCCAAAGGGUGAAAAAGCUUGGUUACCGGCUGAUUAUAACGAUACCUUCUACGGCUGGAAAAGGGAUCCCCAAUGGAAAUUAGGUGAAUGCCUCUGGGCCCAGCACGGAGUCUGGGACCCCUCCACAGACACGAUCCUGAAAAAGGAUUACUUUGCCAAAGACCCGGAGACUGGUAAAUCCCUCGACUACGAAGGCUUUACGAACAAAUAUUUUAUGAAUCACUACCGAAAUUUCAAGAAUGCGAUUCGCAGUGUACAUACCAGUUCUAUUAUAUUUUGCCAGCCUGCCGUUUUGGAGCUUCCACCUUCUAUUAAGGGAACUGAAGAUGAUGAUCCGAACAUGGUCCAUGCUGCCCAUCAGUACGAUGGGCUUACCCUCAUGACGAAGCAUUGGAAUCGAGUUUAUAAUGUGGAUGUCGUUGGGGUUAUAAGAGGGAAGUAUCUAAGUCCUAUAUUCGCCAUUAAACUUGGAGAAACUGCGAUAAGAAAUUGUCUUCGGGACCAGCUACGAUUUUUGCGUAAUGAGAGCUUCAAUUAUAUGGGACUUCAUCCAAUGGUCUUCACCGAACUUGGCAUCCCGUACGACAUGGAUGAUAAAAAUGCGUAUAUAACUGGCGAUUUUAGCAGUCAAGCCAGCGCCAUGGAUGCCAAUCACUUUGCUAUAGAAGGAAGCGGGUCAAAUGGCUUUUCCCUAUGGUGCUAUGCAUCAGAGAAUUGUCAUCAAUGGGGGGAUCGAUGGAACGGUGAAGACCUUUCCAUAUUUUCAGCAGACGACCUGGAAUUCCCUCCAAAUCCUAGCGUACUUGGAGAGGUACCGCAGAAUCGAUCAUCAACUUCUUCGGAUCGCAACUCCCCUACAUUCUCCACUAGUCAAAGCACCACGACUGAUCAAGUCUCUCCUGAAAAUCUGAAAAAGGCUAUUCCUAGCCAAACCAUAACCCAAACGAUACAAUCAACCUUAGAACUGACAGGCAAACCUGGCUACCGUGCAGCUGAAGCGUUUGUCCGGCCAAGUCCCCUCCUCACCCAUGGAAACGUGAAGGAAUAUGGCUUCGAUUUGCGAAACUGCGUCUUUACACUCUCGUUAUCAGCCGAAACUUCCACACCAGAAGAUGCGCCUUCAAUAAUCUACCUCCCCGAGUGGCACUACCCAAGAAUGCACAUUGAGGUGGUGGCCAGUGGUGGAAAAUGGGUUUUUGAAGUUCAAGAGGUCGGGUCAGGGACCAUGCAAAUAUUGAAAUGGUGGCAUGCAGAGGGUGACCAAAACAUCAAAAUUUCGGGACCAAAGCGCAAAGCAGGGAUUGUCCCCGACACCAGUGAAGACGAAGGAUACCUUGAGCAGUGCCAGCGUGGUUCAUGCAGCGUGAUGUAG